AUGACGAUACUUGGAGUGAUUGUGAUCGUACUACAGGUAGUUCUAGUGUCCAGUCAAGCAUGCCCAACAUGGUUUAUACGCCAAACAAACAAGUGUGAGUGCGGACAACAGAUCAAUACUAUAUUGCAGUGCUCGAAUGUGACAAAAAAGAUAGAAAUAUUAGACGGUUUCUGCAUAACCUACAACAAUGAUACAGAACAUUUUGGUCCGUGCCCAUACAACACAAAAAGUCGACUAUCAAAAUUCAUGGACGUACCCUCUGAUGUAUCAAAGUUAGACGAGGAGAUGUGUGGUCCUCUCAAUCGCACAGGACUGCUCUGUAGUCACUGCCAACCAGGGCUGGGACCAACCGUCUUCUCUUACUACAAACAGUGUAAGGAAUGCAUGCCACAGCCUUUAGGAUGGUUACUCUUCUUUGUCAGGCUUACAGUACCAUUGACUUUGAUUUGUGUUAUUGUCAUUGUGUUCAGGAUAAAUUUUGCCUCCCCAGUUCUGUACAGUUUUGUUUUGAUUGCUCAAUUGCUAAACACGAUAUUGUUUAGAAAUGACCCAUUUGAUAUAAAUGGAUAUACCCACUCUUAUUCCAGUUAUAAAUUUGCCGCUGAUUUUGUGGGGCUAUUCAAUUUGGACUUCUUUAUGUUUCUAAUUCCUUCAUUUUGCAUCAGUGAACACAUGAGCACACUUACAGUCGUAGCAUUGGAGUACCUAGCAGCUCUAUAUCCAAUCACUUUCACUUUGGCUGUCUACUUGUUCAUUUCACUCCACGACAGAGGAUGCAAGAUAAUUGUACUUUGCUGGAGGCCAUUUCAAAAGUGCUUAGCAAGGUUUCGGAGACGCUGGGAACUAAAAGGUUCUGUAGUGAAUGCAUUUGCAAGCUUUUUUUUACUAUCCUACAGCAGGUUUUGCUCGAUUUCUUUAAGCCUCUUAAAGCCAGUAUCUUUAUAUGAUAAAUACGAAAAUGUAACAUACACUCUCUACUAUGCAGCUGAUUUCAACGUAGGCACCUACGUUCCACUUGCUAUACUCUCAUCAAUCAUCACUGUUACCAUGGUACUCUUACCGGCAGUGUUUCUGCUAUUUUACCAGAACCGUUUCUUUCAGAGAUGUCUCUUUUCCUGCAAAAUCAAAUGUGUUCUAAUUCACGAGCUAGCAAACAUCACACAGGGCUAUUUCAAGAACGGCACAACACCUGGUACUAGGGACUGUCGAUGGUUUGCUGGAGUCUACCUACUGCUGAGAAUAAUAUUCAUAGCCUUUGGUGCACAGACGUACCACUUUAUUGUGUACCAAAUGAUCUUCAUUAUUACACCUGCUAUCAUCCUUGGCCUACGACCAUACAAGAAAGACCGUUACAACUAUUUUGAUGCUUUUCUCCUAGUACUGUUUGCAAUGGGGUCAGCUUGGUACAUUUACCACGAGGCAUUUAGGAAUAGCCCAUGGUUUUUUGUCUUUAUUAUUGUUACAUUUAUACUAGUGCUGUACAUCGUAAUGUUCAUUUCAUGGAUGAAAUCUUCCCUCACUAGUCGGUGUGGUUAUAGCUGCUGCCACCGAAGACGAGUUACACACCAGACAGGAUCGUCUACAGAUAACGAAACCCUUCCACAUCGUAUCAGUGACCCAAGCGAAUAUGCACCGUUGUUACCAACCACAUGA